CAGAAUGAUGCCCAAUAUGCUCGUUAUAGCUUGGACUUUGUUCCUCAUCUCGCUCUGCUGUGCUCAGUCGCAGAUACAGAACCCGGCUGAAGCUCAAAACACCACGUUCAAUGCGACGUACGGCAAACUCAACCCUUCACAGGCCGAGUCUCUGAUUGCCAAAGCGAACCUCUCCGAUGAAUUAUCCGAUGCCAUCCUGGUAGCUGUCAAUUUUGAAAGAUCCAAUUGGGCUGCAUCUUCAGCCCAGCUCGACCCUUUCUACACGGACAUCCCGUCCAAUUCUUCACACGCUCCAGCUGGUUCCGUGAUCAAAGUCGAGCAGUUCACAAACACGUCACUCUACACCGUGCCUCCAGAUGUCGCACUGUCCCGGAUGCUUUUCAUGACCAAGAACCUCAACGGCACGACCAUCCCGGCAUCGGCAUAUGUGCUCUGGCCGUGGUUCCCUCGCCGCUUCGACAACAUCACCGGUCUGCCCGUGGUCGUCUGGGGCCACGGGACAAGCGGCUGGAGCGCCGAAUGCGGACCCUCUCACAUCCGCAACUUAUGGUAUCAAUACAGUGCCCCGUUCGUCCUAGCACUACAAGGCUACGUGGUCGUCGCGCCCGACUAUGCCGGACUCGGCGUCGAUCAUGACGCCCAGGGCAACUUCAUAGAGCACCAAUACCUCUCCAGCCCCGCGCACGGCAACGACCUGAUCUACUCGGUGCAAGCGGCGCAAAAGACAUGGCCCAGCUUGAGCAAGGAGUUCGUCGUCAUGGGCCACAGUCAAGGUGGCGGCGCGGCGUGGGGAGCGGCGCAGAAUCUGGCGAAAAACCCCGUCCAAGGCUACCUGGGCACGAUCGCGGGGUCGCCCACCACGACCAUCAGUCCAGCAUCGAACAGCAACAUGAGCAGUUCGGGACCUCUGAACUCGAUGCUCGUCCGCGUCGGCACGGGCGUCAAGUCCGUGUUUGAAAGUUUCCAGCUCUCGACGUGGUUGACGGAAAAGGGCGUGCAGACGCAACAACUCCUCCAGGGUCUCCAGGGCUGUCAGUCCGUCGCCCUCGAGCUGCUCAGCCAGCCGAACCUGUUCAAGGAUGACUGGAACCAGACGUGGUAUUUCAACGCCCUGGACAAUCUGACGCGCAACGGCGGCAAACCGUUCGCCGGACCCAUGUUGGUCCUCCAGGGCACGGCGGACCCGUCUGUGAAUCCCAACGGGACAACGGCGGCCGUCAACGAGACGUGUUCCAAGUACGCGGAUGGUGCGUUGGAGUACGCCACGUUCGAGGGCGUCACGCAUGUGCCUGUGCUGUAUGCCGGACAACAGGUCUGGUUGGAUUGGAUUGCCGAUCGGUUCAAGGGUGUGCAAGUCCCCAAGGGGUGUAAGCGGACCCAUUACACUCCCGAGUUGAGUGUGGGUUCGUACCAGAAGGAGGUGGCUUUGUUCUUGGAGUAUCCCAUGUACGGGUAUGAGACUGCAUGA